AUGGAAGUAGCUCGGGUGUGUUUCCUGGUGGUUGAUCAGAUGACAGUCGAUCUGUUCGCCACACUGACGAUGUCUCCUCGACUGGAGACGAAACGUUUGCAAGCCAAUUGCCAAGCCCGGAGUGUCAGAUUCCCCAAAGUAACCUCAGAACGCCCGAAACCUACUGAGACCCUAAAGCUCCACCAAAAUCUCAAUAGGGUAGCUGUUAAGCAUCCAGGUUCGUCAAUCAUUCAAGCAAUUCAGCAAAGCCUGCCGAGUGUUCAGGCACGCCACAGAAGCACGACCGAAUUUGAUCAGUAUUCAAAUGACAGUCGAUCUGUUCGCCACACUGACGAUGUCUCCUCGACUGGAGACGAAACGUUUGCAAGCCAAUUGCCAAGCCCGUCGCAAGCUACCAGGAGUGUCAGAUUCCCCAAAGUAACCUCAGAACGCCCGAAACCUACUGAGACCCUAAAGCUCCACCAAAAUCUCAAUAGGGUAGCUGUUAAGCAUCCAGGUUCGUCAAUCAUUCAAGCAAUUCAGCAAAGCCUGCCGAGUGUUCAGGCACGCCACAGAAGCACGACCGAAUUUGAUCAGUAUUCAAGUGGAAGCACGAUCAAUAUAGAUUGGUGUUCAGACAGCCUGGAUCAAUGUCAGAAAGUGCCCUUCAAAUAG